GUGGAGCGGCUGAUCCACCCUCAGCUGUGUGAGCAGUGCAUCGAGUUCCUGGAGCGCGAAGUGGUGCAGCACAUCAACGCCAGCCCUGAGCGUGGUGGGGACGAAGUGGGCCAUGCCUUUCUCCUGGUGCACACCAAACUGCUGGCCUUCUACUCCAGCCGCAACGCCAGCUCCAUCCGCCCUGCUGACCUGCUCAUCCUCAUCCUCCUGGUGCAGGACCUCUAUCCAAGCCAGAGUGCCGAAGAGGAGCUUGGCCCUCAGGAACCCAAGAGAAGUGAGAGCAUCCCUGUGAGCAGCCCUGGCUCCCAUGAUGCUGUGGAGAAGGAUUUGGAUGACCAAGACACAGACGAUACCUCUGUGCCUGAGGUUUACUACACACCUGAGCCCUCGCCAGGCAGGCACAGCUCGGGCAGCGAGAGCUGGUUGGAAGACGCUGAGAUGCUGAGCACCGGGGAGGCAGACACUGCAGACGUCCAGAUGGCAGAGGACUUACUCCAGACCUUGGGGCCUCUUGUCCCUGAAGCUUCAAACCCCAGAAGGAUUUUCCUGGAUGCCAACCUGCGAGAAGGGUACUGUCCCUUGCUGCCUCACACCAUGCACUGCAUUCCGCUUUGGCCAGGCAUCUCCCUUGUCCUCCUGACCAAGGGCCCCACAACCCAGGUGGCUGUCACCUUGUACCAGCUUCUGGAUGGUUUCUUGGUGCUGGAGAAGAAGCUGGAAGAGGGACCGGAGGUGGGAGUCCCACGCUCCUAUCCCUUCCUGACUGAGCUGCGGCAGCGCAUGGACAAGUUUGUGAAGAAGCUGAGCGGGCAGGAUAUCCAGUUGCAGAACACCUGGACAGACUUUAAGAACAAGAUAUUUUCACGGAGUGAGCCUGGGAGCUCUCCGGAACUGCUGCAGGCAGUGGCCAAUGUGAAGCGACAGCUCUGCUCUGUUUCCCGCCAGCUCUUCCUGUCUUCCACCGGCCACAGCCUGUCCCAGGGGCUACAGGACCGUGCCCAGAAGCUGAUGAGGGAGAAGCUGCUGGACUGGCGGGACUUUCUGCUGGUGAAGAGCAGGCGCAAUAUCACCAUGGUGUCAUACCUGGAGGACUUUCCUGGCCUGGUGCACUUCAUCUAUGUGGACCGCACAGCUGGGCAGAUGAUGGCACCAUCGCUCAGCGUGACAGAGAAGUCCAGCUCAGAGCUGGGCAAGGGCCCCCUGGCCACCUUCAUCAAGAGAAAGGUCUGGUCCCUGAUUGCAUUGGCCCGGAGAUACCUACAGAAGGGCUACACCACGCUCAUGCUGCAGGAUGGUGACUACUGCUGCUCCUACUUCCUCUGGUUUGAGAACGAGCUGGGCUACAAGCUGGAGGUGAUGGAGGUGCCGGUUCUUUCUGAUGAUUCUGCUCCCAUGGGGAUGCUGGCAGGAGAUUACUAUAGGAAGCUGCUGCGUUAUUACAGCAAGAACCAUCAGGCGGAAGUGGUGAAGUGCUACGAGCUGCUGACCUUGCACCUGGGCAUCAUCCCCUCUGAGCUCGUGGUCCAGCAGGCCUGCGACUUGGCCCGGCGACUCUGGGAACCCUCACGCAUCCCUCUGCUCUGA